AUGGAUGGGCACCAGGAGAUAAUCCGAUUCAUUGAUUGGUACGGACGAGACCGGAAAGUAAACGACCUUUCUCCCAGCUUGGUCGAAGGGUACGCUCGAGAAUUUUCCCUGCGGGGAGCUGAAGCGCAGAAGCGCCUGACUCCUGUAAAGGAAUUUCUCGUCUUUCUGAGAAAGAUGGAAUGGAUCGAAAUAAACCUUGCCGUCCAUUUGAGAGCCAGCCGGGCCCGUCGAACCUUGUCAGGGCGACAGACUGCGGCCGCUAAUGGCCGGUCUGGGCCUCGUCUUAGCGAGGAAGGUUACAACCGGUUGAUCGCGGAACUGGACAAGUACAAGGUAGAAAAGGUGAAGGCGGACUCGGAAGUCAAGGAGGCCAUGGCCGGCAAGGACUUCCGGGAAAACGCGCCGCUGGACGCUGCAAAAGAACGUCAGGGAUUCGUAGCAGCCAAAAUCAGGGAGUUGGAAACUGAAGUCGCCAGCGCACAGAUACUUUCUGGUGAAGCCCAGGCCAACGCGGGCAAGAGAGUUGUGGUGGGCAGCAGCAUCACCAUCAAGGACGUCUCAUCCGGGAAGAGAAUUAACUAUACUCUUGUGGACAAACGGGAAGCCGACGCAUCUUCGGGUAAGAUUUCCACAGUUUCCCCGGUCGGACAGGCGCUGCUUGACCGGACGGUAGGAGACACGGUGAACAUCACGGUGCCUAAGGGUGCCCUUAGUUACCUGAUAGAAAAAAUCGGCGCUUAA